CGUAGAACGAAAGUUGUUUUGUCGUGUUAUUUAACCUAGCGCUAUUAUCUAUUAUUUAUUCAGUGUUUUAGUUUAGUACAUACAAACUGUUCGAGUAUUAAUACGGUGCCAAGUGUUUCAUUAACUUUUAAUACAAAAAUAAAAACGGGUUGAUAAAAUUUCUUUGUUGACAGAACUUAUAGAUAAUUUUUUUAGUGAUUUGAAUGUAAACAAAUAUGUAUCUGCUGCUUUUUAUACUACUUUUUACAAAGUCCGGUGUUGGAUUCGAUGGUGAAAUUAGAACAUUAUUUGGAAAUGAUUUUGACGAUGCUUCUAACGGGCGAAAACCUCUAAUAAUCGAUGCUCCCACGCACGAAUUUGAUUAUUCAAAAGCGGCUCAUCAUCGUGAAACAAGAGAUACACUGAACGUUCAGUCAGAUGUGAUAACAAAGGUUAACUAUCUGAAUGACACCCACAAACAAUUGAUGGUGCAUUGGGUCGGAGAGCAGAGUAAAGUAAUUAUAUGUUUGGCUCGUGAUCCGGCACCCAUAAUACCCGGAUUUGCUACACUCUCAUUGACGUCGACCGUUUUUAUUUCUUACGACGAUGGCGAUAGCUACGAAAACAAAACUGACAAAUUCAAGUUGGAAAAUGGCGAAUUCGCCACUCUGGAAAAGUUCUACAACCACCCGAAAUUCAACACACAUUUCAUCUUUACUGAUAUCAAACAUAAUGCCAUAUUCGUAACGAAGGAUCAUGGAAAAACGUUUGAAAGAAUUGACUUACACUUUACACCAUCUGAAAUAUCCUUCCACGAAUUGUAUCCAUCGAAAUUUUUGGUGUUGGAUAAGAAUAACACAAAAAAUAAGCUUUGGGUGACUGAAGAUUUUGGAAAAACUUUCAGAGCCAUAUACGAAUACGUAAAGUCUUAUCAUUGGUUAAAAGACGACUCCGAUACUCAUCAUCUUAUAAUUCAAAGAUCAGAACCGAACAAUGCCAGUUCUAUUAUUCAUUCGAAAACUUUAUUCAUAAAUAGGGUCUCUUUUAUUUACUCGACGAAUGUGAAGGACUUUUUUAUAAAAGGAGAUUAUCUGUUUACCACGAAAGUCGAUGCUAAGGGCGACAUAAAUCUGUACGUAUCUUAUAAAUUGGGUAAACAAUUUUUGUGCGUUUUUAACACGAACGAAAAAAUCCAAAGUUAUUUAAUCGUCGACGUCACUGAUGGAACGGCUCUGGUGGCGGCCAGUCACAGCAAUACUUCUACGAAUCUCUACGUGUCUGAAUAUUUAGCAGGAAACGGACAGGAAGUGAAGUUUACUUUGUCAUUGGAAGAUGUUUUCGUAUUUUUCCCGGCGACCACUUGGCAAGAUACUUGGUUACAUCACAUGUCAGACGAAGCCUUUGCAGACGUCUAUAAAGUAGAAGGUCUAUCCGGCAUUUAUAUCGCCUCUAGGCUGAUAUCGAAACCAGUCGCUAAUCUUUUGGGACCUCAGCACUUGGGUUCAGUCAUUACCUUCGAUCACGGGGCCUCGUGGCGUCCAAUUCAACCUCCGGCUACUGAUGUCGAAGGCCAAACCACUGGUUGCGUGACUACCAGGAACUGUUCGUUGCAUUUGAGUCAAAAAUUUAACCAACUGUUGCCUGACACUAGAUCUGUUGGAAUUUUGUCCAGUAAAUCCGCACCCGGGAUCAUCAUAGCCACAGGGGUCUUGGGUAAGAGUUUGAAGGGCCACUAUGGAAUCUAUAUAAGUUUAGACGGUGGUGUAACAUGGAGACAAACACUUAGAGAACUGUACUUUUUCAAUAUGGGUGAUCAUGGAGGUCUUUUAUCAGCUGUUAAGUAUUACAAAACCAAAGGCGAAACCAGGCAUAUUGAAUACUCAAUAGAUGAAGGUAAAAGUUGGAAUGAAACAGUCUUUCAUAGUGAGGAAUUAAGACCAUACGGACUAAUGACGGAACCAGGAGAAAAUACAACUGUUUUUACGAUGUUUGGGUCUCUUCCGGACUACCAUCAAUGGAUUAUCGUGAAAGUGAAUCUCACUAAAGUAUUCAAACGAACUUGUACCAAGGACGAUUAUAAAAUGUGGUCGCCAAGUCAUAGCGAAGAAAAUCGCAGUUACAUACCUUGUCUUAUGGGACAACAGAAGACUUUUGAACGAAGAAUGCCAUUAGCUAAAUGCCUGAACGGAUUGGACUAUGUACAAGUCGUGUCGACAGUCACUUGCGAAUGUGAUCUGUUAGAUUUUGAAUGUGACUUUGGAUUCGUUAAAGUUGGAUCUCCGCCUCGUUGCGUUCGUGACAAAAAUUUGACAAUCGACCUGUACCAAGUUCCAGCAGUUUGCGUUCCAGGACAAUACUAUAACCGUACUAAAGGUUACCGCAAAAUACCCGGCGACUCUUGCGUUGGAGGCUUCGAGUCCCACUACCUACCUGAUCUUGUGCCAUGUCCGUUUAAGGAAAUCGAGGAUUUCAUACUAUUUGCUCAACGCGAACGGAUUUCCAGAUACAAUCUAGUCACUAAAAUGUUGGAAAAACUGCCUAUACCUAAUUUGAAAAACGUCAUCGCUAUCGAUUUCGAUUUGGCCGAAAAUUGCGUUUAUUGGGCCGAUAUUGCCGAGGAUACGAUCGGAAGGCAAUGUUUGGACGGUAACAGUACGGAAAUGUUGGUUUCGACCGAUUUGGCUUCGAUAGAAGGCAUGGCGUUCGACUGGAUAUCCAAGACGUUAUAUUUCGUCGAUGGAGUUCGCGCUAAAAUUGAGUUGAUUAGGACCAAUAUAAACCAUAGCGGAAGAAUGAGGAGAACCAUUUUGAAUUCCACCGUCUUACACAAACCCAGAGGUAUUGUUUUACAUCCACAAAACGGUUACUUAUUCUGGACAGACUGGUCGGCCGAAAAUCCCUCCGUGAACCGAGCUAACCUCGACGGCAGCAACAACAUAACCCUAUUCGGAAAAGACAAAGUAGAAUGGCCGAACGGCAUAACGAUCGACUACUUCGCCAACCGAAUCUAUUGGGUAGACGCCCGAUUAGACUACAUCGGAAGCUCGGAUCUACACGGCGACGGUUUUCUGAAAGUCGUAUCCGAAACGGAAGUAGUUUCGCACCCGUUCGCCAUAUCCGUAUUCAAAAAUAACAUGUUUUGGGACGACUGGAAGAGGAACUCGAUAUAUAGCGCCGAUAAGGAUAACUAUAAAGGCGUCGAAGUGGUUUUGAAGCAAAUGCCCGGACUGAUGGAUCUCAAAGUGUUCGCUCACGGUAUCCAGAUAGGAACGAAUGCGUGCGCCAAAUCCGAUUGCCCUUACAUCUGCGUCGGUUUGCCCAAACACGGAAAAGCCUGUCUCUGUCCCGACGGUUUGAACAUGAAAAACGGAAAAUGUAUGUGCCCCGGCGACGUGGAACCGUUGGCUAACUUGACGUGUCCGUUAGUUGGUAAUACUUGUAACCCCGAACAUUUCACCUGCAGCAACCGAGUUUGCAUACCGAAAGGCUGGAAAUGCGACGGAGAAGACGAUUGCGGGGACGGGUCGGACGAAUUUCAGUGCAACACGGACACGUGUCCGCCAUCUUUCUUCGUUUGUGGAAAUGGAAAGUGUUUGCCCAACUAUUGGAAAUGUGAUUACGAUGCUGAUUGUUCUGACGGUAGCGAUGAAGCCAACUGUCCUAAACAAAAUUGUACUGAUGGUCAAUGGCCUUGUGAAAAUGGAAGGUGUAUCUCUACUAAAUGGAGAUGUGAUGGAGAAAACGACUGCAGGGAUGGAUCUGACGAGAGAAACUGCAACGAUGGAAAACCAAUUAUUUGCAAAAACGAUGAGUUCCAUUGCAACGCCGGCGGCAUUACUUGCAUCCCUACGACUUGGAAAUGCGACGGCGAACCCGACUGUACGGACGGUUCCGAUGAAUCUUCUUGUUCCAAUAACACUUGCAGCGAAUCGCAAAUGUCGUGCGGCCCGCCGAAUAAUCGAUGCAUUUACACGUCGUGGAUCUGCGAUGGGGACAGAGACUGCGCCGAUGGUAGAGACGAAAAGAAUUGCACGUUUACUUCUAACCCUGGCGUACCCAAAUUGCCGGAGGAGUUUGAGAGUAGGAAUGGCACUUGUCAAGAUUGGAUGUACAAAUGCAGGAACCAGCGUUGCAUACCAUUCUGGUGGAAGUGCGACGGUGUAGACGAUUGUGGAGACGACAGCGACGAAUUAGGUUGUUCCACCUUGGUAUAUCCUACAGCCGAAACUCCAACGUCUCAAAGACCCAACGACAUCUGCGAUAAAAACCAAUUCCAAUGCGAUAAGGGCGACUGCAUCCUGUCUGCUUGGGUAUGCGACGGUACCGAAGAUUGUAUGGAUGGUGAAGAUGAGAAAAACUGCGAUAAAUCGAAAAAUUGCUCCAACGGUCAAUUUAGGUGUCAAGUUGACGGAAGUUGUAUUCCGUUAUCCUUGGUAUGUAACAAUCAAUUUGACUGCCCCGACAACACCGACGAACUAUCUUGCGAACAAAACUUGCCGGACGGCCCAGGAGCUCCCAGUUGCAGCUUAGGUUUGUUCCCAUGCGAUGAGACCUGCUAUCCCUUAUCUGUGUUCUGCGACGGAAAGGUGGACUGUAAAGAUGGUUACGAUGAGAGGAACUGUUCUAAGAAAGCUCGAGUAUAUCAAGUAGCCUGGAUGGAAAUUGAUGAAAGAUUUACAAACGAGUCUUCAUUCUACCUCCAUUGGUGGAUAAUUCAUCCGGAUAACGUCAACGUUGAAUUUCAACCCUCCAUUAAAAAGCUAGGAGAUGAAAAUUGGAGAAACGAAUCUUGGACGGACAAAUCCUUCUAUAAAUUCACCAAUUUGCAACCUUUCACCAGAUACAACCUCACAGUUUACGUCAGAAUCAAAAAUACUAACAAUGUCUUCCCGCCGGCCAUAUUUAACGUAUCGACGACCGGCGAGGGGGUUCCCAGCGAACCGUGGAACGUUACAGUUAAGCAGAGGAACGGGUCGCACAUUUUGGUGUCUUGGAAUAAACCUCAUUCGCCUAAGGGCAUUGUGGUAUCGUAUGAAAUCUCUUGGAAAUCUGCGAAAUCGUCUGAAAUCAAAUUGAAGUUGUCUGGGAACGAAACUGCCCAUUUGCUGUCGCCCGAUUUUGAACAUGGGGUUAAUUACACUUUUUGGGUUGUUGCUUACAACAGAAAAUAUUCAAGUGCAAAAUCAGCUCCAGCUUUUCUGAAAUUCGACGGCGAAACCAAUGUAUCUGUAAUCAAAAACAUAAAUAUAAAGGAGUCUGAAGAUGCGAUGUCGUUCAGUUGGAAAUAUGACGAUGAAGCGGACGGUUUCAAUGUUAAAGCGUUCGCCGAGGUUCCCUAUCCACAAUUACCGCCGCAAGUGACGAAAACAAAAAAUAUAACCAUGAAAUUGGCGCCUGGAGUUAAUUACAGAGUUGAGAUUAACGCUUUUAAGAACAACCUUGUCGGUCCGACACAAACUGUUGUGGUCAAAACGAAGGGGAAACCUUUACCAGAAAUUAGUAGCUUGCAAGUUACUCUUCUGAAAGACAUCGGUACGGCAGUUAAAUUGAGAUGGGAACGACCUAAGGAUUCGAAGAAAAUCACUUGGUUGUAUGGUGUGUACUACGGCAUUUCCCAAGAAGAGAUGUUUGAAAAGCCAAGAAACAGGACUGCAAAUGAAAACAUAACCAUCUUGAACUUGGAAGCUUGUGAAAUCUACAUGUUUUCAGUAGGACUAGUCGGACCGUUAGGUUACGGUCCUCUAUCAGGAGGUAUUAAACAAAUCAGUACAUCAGGCAACAGCAAGGCGCCACCUAAAAAACUGUCCGUUACUUCGGAAGGAGGUGAUCCGCUUAAAAUGAGAAUUCAGUGGAUUCCACCUUGUCCGUCGAUCCAGCCUGAUUCUUACAUUAUCCAAAUUAGAGAACAAGGCACGACUCAAACUUACCAUCGCACGGCGAACGGCUCUCAUCCAACAAGUUACAUUUUCAACGUUUUAUAUGGAGGCAUAUAUGAAGUUAAGGUAGCUUCUGCAGUACCUGGUGCCACAUAUUCUAAGCCAAUGAUUUACUAUGCUCCACCAAUUGCAGCGCCUGCAGAAAUUAAGGUGUCUUCGCAUCCCAACGGCAGCUACAUAGUCAACUGGAAAGACUCCAACCUACCCACAAACAUUGGAAAAUACAAAUACGAAGUACUAGUUCAAAGUGGAAAUACAUUAAACGAAACUACUGCUAACGUUUACCCGAUAGAUAAACCACCAUUCAUUUACACCAACUCUUCAUCGAACGCUUACACGUUCGCGGUGCGAAUACGGACGCAUAAAGGCCUCAAUUCGCAAACCUCGGAAUUGAUCAGCAGAGAAAAUCUCAACAUCGAAGCUCCCCCAAACAUGACCGCCAUUGUAGUGCCAAGUAUGUUGGUGUUGCUCGCGUUGCUUGCAAUAAUCGGAUUCCUAAUAAUAAGAAAUAAAAGGCUUCAAAGCAACUUCACCCGAUUCUCUAACUCUCAUUACGAUACCAGAUCGGAAGCUGCUACUUUUGAUGAUAACAAUUUAGAAGAAGACGAUAGUCCUCACAUUCGAGGAUUUUCCGACGACGAACCGCUUGUUAUCGCGUAAUAAAGUACUAGCAAAUUUUUUUGUCUUUGACAUUUUGUGAUGUUGUAUAUUCUUGCUCAGUUACCAAAAAUUAAAAUAUUUAAUAAUUGAUUAAAAAAAGGUAAGUUAUGUUUUAUAUGUAAGACACUGGUUAGAAGGUUGAUUUUUAGUUAUUUUUUUAUUUUAACAAUUAUUUUAAAAUUAGCAAAUUUUGUGUUUUUUAAGCAAACUACGUUUCAGUUUUUACCGAGUUUUUGACUGAUUUGUUUUUAAAUGUUGAUUAAUGUUCGUAUUAAAUUUUGAGUAGUGUUGACUAGAAAAAAGUAUUGAAAAUUCAAAGGUUAAUGUACUGCCUAAUUUGCUCAAAUUAUUACCCUUAUGUCAAGCUAAUUUUAUUUUUUUUUACAUACAGUGUGUCCACUUUACGAAUAAAAGUUAUUCUUCAUAAAAAGUUCUGCAUGGUCUGACACUUCAACCAUCAGAUAUCACAUUUUUAUAAUAGUAUACGAGGUAUGUCAAAUAAUAUGAAUUUUGCUGAAGAGUAUUUUUGACAAAAUUAUUUUAGGAAAAAAUAUAUUCUUUAUAAAAUAUUGUGCAUCGUCUAAAACCUAAACUACAACCAUCAAAUAUAAAAUUGUAUGAGUAAUAUACAAGGUUUGUCAAAAAUAAAGGUACGUUGACUGUCUAUUCAGUAAAAUUCAUUUUAUUUGACAUAUCUCGUAUACUAUUGUGAAAAUUUGUUAUUUGAUGGUUGCAUUUUAGGUUUUAGACCAUGCAGAACUUUCUAUGACGAAUAACUUUUUAUCGUAAAGUUAAUAAUAAAAAAAGUUUCCCAUAUCCUGUGAACUUUAGUUAAUUUCAUUCUAAAUACACUAAUUUUCAAUAUAUUUUUAAAUUGUAGUAAUUUUUAGUCAUCAACAGCUUACGGGUAGUAAAUCACUGACUAGUUUUAGGAAAUUUAUUUGUUUUCAAUGUGCCAAAUAUGGAUUUCCAUUUUUUUUUAAGAAAAAUCUUUUGUUUUGAAAAUAUAGAGUGUCAAUGAGCUUUAAAAGGCGUUUAACAUAGUGUGUCUACUUUAUUAAUAAUUUUACGAUAAAAACUUAUUCUUUAUAAUAAGAUCUGUGUGGUCUAAAACCUAAGAUGCAACCAUCACAGUAUUUUUCAAUUUUAUAAGAGGUUUUUUAUCAAAAAAUAUGAAUUUUUAGCAAGUUUGUACUAAAGCACCUUUAUUUUUGACAAUAUAACAUGUAAUUACAUCCAUAUGCACUGGAAAUUAGGAUUUCAUUAUUUUUUUUAUAGUUUUCUUUCUUCUUUUUGGCAAACCACGUACUAGACUGAAAAAAACUUGAUAUCAGAUGAUUGCAUUUUAGGUUUUAGACUAUUCAAAACUUUUUAUGAAGAAAACUUUUUUCUGUAAAAUUAUUUAUAAUUUCUUUUCCAUAUACUGCAAACUUAAGUAGACGCACUUUAUAUUUAGUAAUAACUAAUAACAUAACUUUAAUAAAUGCAUGUUAACUAAUUUUAUUAUUAGCCUGUAUUUUUUUUAGUAUACAUAAGGAAGGAAUGGAAAUUUACCGGUUUUGGUAUAGAAACAUCUCCUUAAUUUUAAAACUUUUAUGCCAUCCCUGCGUAUUUAUGUAAUUCCUCAAAAUAAGUAACAAACUAAAGUUUACGGGGGCAAAUCUGGCGAAUAUUGAGCCUCAGAUUUCAGAUACCGUCUCAAAAUCUUAUUAAUGUAUUUCUGCCAUUGCAUUGCCUUUGACAUUCCUUUUUUAGCAUAUUUUUUUGAUCAAAAGGCUCAUAAAUCCUAAGAAUUUUCAGUCAGAGGGGGUCCUCUAUAAUCCCCCCCCUCCCUUGGAACCGCCCAUGCUUUGAUAUGGAAAUAUUUUUAUGAAGGCCCCCAUAAUCCCCCCCUCCCUUGGAACCGCCCAUGCUUUGAUAUGGAAAUGUUUUUAUGAAAUAUUGUUAUAAACUAGCAAAAAAUUUACCGCAAAUAGCGCCACUUCUAGACCAAACUGGAAACUUUCCAUCCCUUCCUCCUACAUACAUAUAUUGCUCAAAUAUUCUAUAAUAAUUUAAAUUUGAUUAAUUAUUAGUAUUGCUUUUUUCUUAGAUAUAAUUAUUUGUUUCAAACUAGAAACUCGGUGUAACAAUGCAUGGAAAACUAUGUAUUGAUUGAGUGUAUUUGUAGGUUAAAAACGAUAAAACUGAAUUCUAAAUUUCUGUUAAAUUUUUACAACCUUUGACUGAUAAAUUUUAUUAAUUUGAUCUCUAAUAAACUGGAAAUGCGCAAUAAAGAAAUAUAGUGCCUGAAGAAUCAUUAAUUUAUCUAUCAGCAACUUUAACCAAUAAUUAUCGUUCCAUCCACGUACUAAUUAGAAUUAUUAAUCGUGUCUUACAUGUCUUUAAAUACAUCAGCGUGUCUCUGUAUACAAUUCAAGUUUCCCAAAGAUUUUAUCGAUAUUUUAAUUUGUUCUAUGGCAACAUUAGUUUAUUUACAAAGACUCGCUGAAUCUAUUCCUAUAUUGAGUAUUUUUUAAUGGAUCCUCAGAUGAUUUUUAAAGAUUGUGAUGUCUAGUUGUAGUUUAAAUAAUUUGUAUAUUGUGAAAAGAAUGUAAUGGCGACAUUUAUGUAUAUAAAAUAGCUUAUUCGUAAAAUAGAGACUGACUCUGUAUAAGGUUUCUAAGAUUUUAUUGUACUAAGAAAAGACGUGCGACCUCUUAGAAUCUUUUGAGAUUAUUUAUUAUUUUGCAGAGGUCGAAGAAUUGCCGGUGGAAGUAAUGUACGAAAACAAAAGACCAUUAAUAAAUGUUAUUGAUUCUAUCA